CGUGCUGAAGCUGAAGGAACGGCGCUUUUCUACGAACGUUCGCGGAGAAGUUGCAGUCGCGCGUGCUUCUGCUGCGGGAACGUGUCCUCCGCAUCGUCUGAGAAACACGGGCACUUUAUCGCUACGAGGUGCACCAGCCGACGAGAGUUUGUUGACGAGCUAAAAACAUCUCGACCUCGAAGCGCUCGUUGAUAGACAGAAUCGUAGGCGUGCGAUAUCGAUGCGAGAAGUCCUCGAGUCCUCCAGUAAUUCGUAGUAAAUGCGAGCGUAGAUUCGGUGAGAUUUCGCUGGAACGUCGACGGUCGCAUGCGAUGACAACGCGAGAAGAAUAUAGCGAGGUGUGUGAAACUGCGAGGGAGACGUGAGCGCGUCUAAAGCAGACUGAUAGUAAAUCGAGCAUAUAGACAUUCGAUAUAAACUCGAGCGAAAAUGAGCAAGAAAGUGGCCGGCGAAGAGGGUGCUUCUCAAGAAACCAGCGAUUCUAACGCGGAACUGUACGAGACCAAAAGCUCCAAAAAGGUUGUCCGCUUGAUCACCGCGGUGGCCUACAUGAUCUCCGUUAGCUUCGUGGCUAUAGGCCUGAGCGCGUACUACUUGUUCCUCUGGGUCCCGCCGGACCCGAGGCUUCUACGGCGGCCGGAAUUCUUGGUCGGUGACGAUGAAAUCCCGUUCGAGAGAGCCGAGAAAUUCAGAGGCCGCACCGUCGACGACGAUUCGAACGAAACCAGUCGGCUGAUCAAGCGACAGCAGAUUCUAGACCAAUCUUUGCUGAUGCUGAAGCUGUACAUAAUGGAUCAGCAGAGGAACAGGACGAAGUACAACACCACCGGGUCGAACUUGACCGAAAAGAUCGUCGAAAGUGAAACCGGAUCUCCGACCAUUUUCGGCGAUCAGGCGAACGGACUUGUCGCGCAGGAUCAAGGGAAGGAUCGCAUUCCGGCGAGUUCACCGAUCGAGAUGGGAACGGUCGACGAGAUGACCAGCGAGGAUGUUAUCGAAGAAACGCAAGCGGAAAGAACGACGGUGAGAUCGGUAUCCGAUGGUGACCAGCAAACGGAGGAACUGAAAGCCGCGGUGAGGACUUCAACAAUCUCAUCGCUACGAACGAAUUCAUCGACAACACCAACUGGGAUUCUCUUUAUUGAAGAACAAGACAACGUUCUCAAACACUCCAACGUUGACUCUGUAGGAUUUCUCGAUAAUUCGAAUAACGGAUAUCAGAGAAAAAGUCUAACUAACACGAGUUCAGAGAACGAUUGAUCGAUCGUUAAAAGAUCCCUUAGAAAUCAAGUAUGUAGCAUUCGAAUUUGAUUUCGUUAGAUUUUUCGUUAACUUUGAUAGCGUUCGGAUCGACUGUUCGCUUACGGGAAACCUGAUCGUUUCUGUCAGAACACAGCGAACGAACGAUUAACCCUUGAAUGGCGGGUCCGCUUUGACCCGUGAUUACGAACGUUCCAACUAAAAUUGGAAUUUUCUAGCAGCCACUUGAAAUUAUUAGCGUAUUACAUUGGGUCCAAUAGAACGCUUUACUCACUGGACAAAAAAUUAGAAUCAGAACACCGAUUCGGGAUACAAUAAAUAGAUUUCGUUGCUCGAGAUAAUUUGCUGGUUUACGAGUGAAAUUGUCUAAAGAAACUCUACAAUUGUUGACUUUCGUUUCGGAAUGGCUAUAAAGUCGCCGGUCGGUAAUGUGAUAAGAGGAUCAAGGUUGAUUUCAAGGAAGUAGGUUCGAGGAUAUGUAAAAGAAAAUCGAAGCGUGAAGAGAUUUGAAUGGAUCCAGGAUUGUACAUUUAUUCGAUGUUUAUGUCGUGCUACACGAUUUGUAACAUUCUGCAUGGAACGAGUACUAAACGCGAUGAUUUCGAUCGUCCACUCGAGCUCGGAUCACCUUUUCAGAACACGCGCGAGAAUUUUAGUUUUGAUACUGCGUACCGAUAUGUUCGAUAAGGCGAUAAGUAACAGAUAAAAUCGUUUCGGAGAAGUGUAAUCGAAGUUGUAAUUAUUUCAAGUAAUUUUCUAACUACAUAAUAAAGAAAUUUGAACAAAACGA